CUCAAGGAAAUGUCUUAAUAUGUAAACAUUUGUAACUUUUCACAUGUUACGCACUGUGAUAUGAAUAGUAUAAUACAAUAAAACAUGAAAUGAUUAAUACAUUGGUCGCCAAACAUUGGAUUUCAGACUUUUUUGCAACAUAUUGAAGUGUCAUACAUGUAGAAAAAUGUUGACCACUUUAAUUGAAAAAAAAUCCCAAAUAUAGCACAUUAACUUUGAUGACAAGUGACAAUACACACAGCAAAACUGAUUCUUAAGAGGAUGAGAAUUUUUUUCAACAUGCUGCUUAGUCACAGUGCAGGGAUGUGGAGUGCUGUGUUCUGAAGGCGAAUUUAUAGAAAAGGAGAAAAAAAAAUAAUUACCAGGGGAAAAUCAUUUUCAUGAGUCGUUAUUGUCAUUCAUUUAACUCUUGAACAGAUGCCCCUUGCUUUACCUCUUAGACUUAGUCAAAAAAAAAACAUUUAUGCCCACAAAAAUACAGUAAAAUUCUCUGAAGAUAAAUUCUUCCACUCUCCCUCUGCACGCCUCUGAGACUGGCAUUAUUGGAUUGCAUCUAAUAAAGUGGCCGACCUGCUCUUAUUUCAACAGGUACUUUUGGGGUAACAGUCAGGACCAUCAUCCAAUCUGAGCCCAAAAACCCUCACUGGUGACGACCAAUCAGGUCAGGGUUGAAUUGGACCUAUAUUUUCUCCACCUUCCUCCCAUCCUUGGAUACCUCAGGCAGGCAGGCAAACAGUCCUCCGGUCGCCGCUGUAUUCGGCCACUUACUCCGGGGAUGGAGAACAACCGUUGCUUCGCCAACCGCUUCUCGGACUACAGCAAGAGCGCGCUGCUGCCCGACCACGGGGCCGAAACGGUGGUUCCGGCCGUGGUGGCAACGGUGGAUAGAAUCCUCUCAAAGGUCCCCAUUUCAAGCGAGGUGGAGGACUGCGACGGCGGGCUUUACGACGGUCCGGCUGGCGUGGCGUAUAUGCUUUACCACGUCAGCGAGUGUCCGCUGUUCUCCGAGCGACGCGACGCGUACCUGAAGGCGGCCAAGCGCAUCAUCGACGUGUCGGUACGCUAUGCGGACGCCGAGCCGGACAGGAGCAUGCGCGCCGCCUUCCUGCUUGGCGGUGCGGGCGUGUACGCCGCGGCCGCGAUGAUCUACAAGUCGUUGGGUUUGGCCGACUUCGUCAAGCCGCUGACGAAAUUUCGCAACCUGUGGGAGGUGUGCGCGCCCAUCCAUUUCUUGGAGUGCGGUUCCGAUGAGCUGUUUGUGGGCCGGGCCGGCUACCUCUGCGCCGCCCUGGUCCUCAAACAGAAACUGGGCAUUGAGAUACUCAGCAAGGAUCAAAUCAAGUCAAUCUGC